UUGCUUCUUUGCGUGUCUUAUACAGUUUUGUUUCUUGCUUGGUUGGUUUUGCUGCCAUUGCUUGAGCUCUGACGAUUGUUUAUGUCGAUGCAUGGCAAUGCAUUAAUUACUAUUUGGUAUAUGAUGCAUUUUGGAUAUAUGUGUAUGUAUAUAUAUAUAUCGCUGCCGCGGGAGGUCUCCAUACUUUUGCAGUGGGGAUUAAACAGAUAUUCAAAGAAAUAUCUCAUAUAUCUUUGCACCAUAUCUAUUGAUGGAACUAUACAGUAUUACAAUAAUCGAUCGCUUGAUGUCGAAGCAAAUCGGGGGAAGUAAGACUGGUCCAUCAACAAACCCUACAAAAAGCACAUCCCAUGCUUGUACAUUG